CCCCCACCCAUUGGAGCCAUACCAAUUUUACAUCCUCCAACCAGUGGAGCCAUACCGAUUUUACAUCCUCCAACCAGUGGAGCUAAACAAACUCCCUCAACAAGUGGAGCCAUACCAGCUUUACAGUCAUCAACCAGUGGAGCCAAUUCAACUGUAGAUCUCAUUACCAAUGGAGCCAAUGCUUUACCGCCUCUUGGCAGUUAUUUAAACAUGAUACCCACCAGUCAAGUCAGCUCGGUUGAAUCUGCUCCCCCGAUAUUGUCAAAGCAACCAAAUAUCUCAUCUCCUGUGUUGUCAAGAGAAACGAGUGGCUCUCCUCCGAUGUUAUCAUCGACUGCUUUAAAGCGAAAGAUGUUUCACUACCUGCCUCCAUCCCCACCUAAACCAUAUGUUAACAACACACAUACAUUUGCUGCUGCUUCAUCUGAUGUUCAACGUGACUACAUGACAGAAAAACUCAACAGAGAAUUUGCACACCUCAUUAAGAAACAUGGUGCCAUGUCAGCCACAGACAAUCUCAUCCUGAACCACUACAUUAAGCUACAGGAUGAUGAGAGACACCAUGUCAUGAAACAAGGGAGUAUAAGAGGAUUCCUUCAGAACUCAAAGUAUCUGGAAUUGCGGGGAACAAUGUUGCAUCUGAAAAUAACCCCUCCGAAUAGUCCACCCCCUGGUGACCCUAAGCAAAGCAGCAUUUCUUGAGGCGAAUUCUCCAUCUAACAUGCCAGGAAUUGUUCCCUUAGUGCCAUUAGAUGUUGGAGAUGGGCCAGUCAAAUGUGAAGAAGAUGCAAAUGAAGCUAGUGAAUCAAAUCUCAAUAUUCCUGGAAAAGAGAAUGCUAUUUCAAUGGUACCAGGAGGUAGUAAAGAUAACAUACUAAGUGGUGCCAUACAUGGAUCCCAGGAUAAUACACAAAACGGUGCUAUGAAUGAUGGGAAUGUGCUUAACCAUGGUAAUGAUCUGAUAGAUUGUAGUGCUACAGACCAACAUGAAAAACCUUGUACAUCUAAACUAGAGCAAGAGACAAUUCAAGAUCCUAAAAAACUUGGUAAAGGAAGUACUGGGUUAACAUUACAAAGUGUCAACCAUAUAGACCCUGGCUUAGACAGUCCAUUGAACAAAUUGGAGAAAUUUGAAUUUAUUGGACUGAAUGGGAUUUCCAAGAUUAUGGAUGAAUUUGAACUGGCUGCAAAUGAUAUUGUAGCCGAAGCAAUACUUGGUGCUAAGAAACAAAUGCUUGCUGAAAAGGAAGAGGAAUACAGGGCAAAGGAACUUGAAAUGAAAGUUUUGAGGAUGCCCGAAUUAGCUACCAGUCCUGAAAUGCAGUCUAGAUUUGAUAAGAAAAUAGAUGAUAUUAUCAAAAUGGGCAAAGAAUUGCAAUCUUAUCCUAAAGGUGCUAACAAGGAAGCUUGUUUUGAAGAGCAUGCAGACAUUGAAAUGGAGAGUAUUACAGAAACUUCCAAAACUGGGGAGGAGAGUGUAACAGCCGCAGAAAGACAUGAUGGGGAUGAGAAAGUAACAGCCUCUGCAGUGAAUACAGAUGAAAGUGUAACAGUCUCUUUAGAUAAUACUGACAAGGAGCCUGUAACAGACUUUGGAGAGAGUGUUAGUGAGGAACAUAUAACAGCCAAUAGUGAACUUAUUACAGCUAAUACAGCUAAUCUCAUUGUUGAUGAUGAGGAUCAAAGUUGUGUGUUGGAACUUUUAAAAGAAAUAAGAAGCAAUAUAGAUGCCCUAAGUAAAACCAAAAAGAAUAAAGCUUUGGAGAAAAAAGAAUCUAGACUUUCUCUAUUGAAUGAACUCCUAACAGCUUUCAAUGAUGAAUCGAUGACCGAAGCAGAAUUAGUUGAAAAUAUGAGUAAAGCCUCUAAUAUUGAAAGCAGAAGUAUAACUAUGAACCCCAAUGUGAAGGAGUUUACACCUAGAGCAUUCAGUCCACUCCAGAAAUCAUUCCAGCCCAUUGGUACCCCUCCAAGACCCUAUAGUAAUAACAGUUCACUCAAUGCAUUCAGUCCUGAAUUCAAGCCAAGGAAUAUCGGCACUCCCCUGACACAAAGUCCAGCACACACACAGACUGAUCGUUUAGAUUUGGUAACUGUGGCAACCAACACUAAAAAGACGAAACAUGCAGACUGUGCACAACAGGUUGAGAUGCAGGAGACCAGAGAGGUUAUGAUCAACACAGUUGAAUGUCUCUUUGAUGGCACCUCAGACUUCCACAUUCCAAUCAUCAAGACAAAGGAUAAGGGAGUUCAUGCAAAGCCAAACACCAAUGACAAGGUCACCUGUACAAGGAAAGAAAUGAGCUCAGAUGUGGGGUCCAAUACAGAGUCAGGCUUUGUUGAAUGUUUGGCAGAGUUUGCGGAGAUGAAGGAAAGAGCACUCAAUGCAGAGGUGAAGGUUUUGACCCUGAUGAGCCAUUUCUGCCAAGAUACUAUGAUACAGAUGUAUUAUGAACAACACUACAAACAUCAGAGACAUCGCCAACUGUUCUCUGCGAGUUCACCUGCUGAAGUGGCAUUAGAUGCAGAGUACACCAGCAUGUUAGCCCAGAUACAAGGCAACAUCAAUGACAUACAACAGUCCUACAAAGAAAGCCUCGCCAAGUUGAUGUCUGGCAGUACACUAUCUGACUUGGCAGAUGUCACAGAUAAGUGGACCUCAAGAUUUCAGCUGGAUCAGUUUUUAAAUAGCAGUUCUAUUGUGCCAGAGUUUCUACCUCCUACAAAUGUUCCAGUCAGUACAUCUAUACCUUAUGUAUUCAGUCAGGUUGACAAUGAAAUUACCUGCUCCAAGCCUAUCAACUCUAUGCAAGGUGCACAUGACACUGAUCUCAGACCAUCAGCAUUCAGGCCUCGUCAUAAGAGUGCAGCUAGUAUUUUAGCAGAACUACAAACACAAAAUGCAAGCUUGCCUGCAGAUGCAUCUUCUACUACUGGCAGUGUAAAUACUGAUACAUCACAGGGUGCUACAACACAGGUUCCUAGCAAUGGUGGCUUCAAGAAGACGUUACGCCGCCCCAGAGUGAGGUUGGACUCUGAGAGGUCUGAAGCAAGCCAGCAAAGUGCAGCAGCAAGCUCAGUUACAGUCAAGUCAUCGUCUGAGGCUCUCUCACCUUCCAAACUACCUCCUGGUUUAGGCUUAGAUAUACAGAGUCCCGAGAGAAAAGAAACAAAAAGAAGAGUAUUACGACCAGCAAAAACAAAGAAGUCUGUGUAUACUGCUGGUAAAAGAAAACCUAGUGAUUCAAAUGAACAAUAUAGUGCAAUAGGUAGCAUGGAGCCAGCAGUCUCAUCCACAAGCACAACUGGAAGCCAGCUCCUACCCGAGUCAUUGCCCCAGUCUCUAGCAUUAGGCCAAGGUGAUCCUGGUCAAACUAAACAAACGACUAAUGCUAUGCCAGAUACAGUGUCUUUUGCUAACAGUGGUCAACCGAUUGAUGACAAUGCUCUAUUAGAGCAGCAGAUGUUUGAGCAACAACAGGUGCUACAGGAACAGCUUCAAAUGCAGCUGUUAUUACAGCAGCUUGGAAGUGAGAAUUCACAGCAGCAGUUAGAUAUGGAGUCCAUUGAUCCUAUGCUACAGCAGGCUGUGAUGCUGCAGCUGUUACAAUUGAACCCAUCCCUAGCUGCUAAUCCACAGCUGCUGCAGGUGUUGAUCAUACAACAGCUGAUGGCUAUUCAGGUACAACAGCAGAGUAUAGAACCCCCAGCUGAAACGACUACAGCUGCAUUACCUACAGCUGCUCUCAAUCAACCUCAUGCUGUCGGUCAUCCUGAGCAAGAAGUCAAACAAGCAAAUUCAGGUGCUAUUAAGGAAGGAAUGGGUUCAGCAGCAGAGGGCAUAUUAAGUAAUCAACAAGAGAACCUUCUCUCUGCACUAGAGCUGCCUAGUCCCAGUGUUGAAUCACAGGAGAGCUAUCACUCGGCCUCUAGUCAACCCACUAGUCAAGCAACUACUAGUCAUACAGCCACUCUUAGUCAGGGCACUUUGCUCACCAGGGAAACAUCAAUGGUAAAUAAAGCUGCAAUCCAGUCAGCCCCAGUGCAGCGAGAGUCAACCAGCAAUGUAAUAGCCCAAGUGGAGGCUACACCAGGCCUAGACUCUAUCACUACUACACAGAUCACAAAACCACUUCCUAUCCCUUCAAACCAAUCCAAGGUCUCAUUGUUGGAACACGAGUCUCACAAUGUACAGACCAUUACUACUUCCAAGGCUACAUCACAUACCAAUGACCUUCCACAAUCCAGUAUAAGCAUAGAUUUAGCAAGAAGACCAGAAAAGCCAUCAGAAUGCUAUGUUCCAGAUGAAGAGUUUGCUGUCGUAAAAAGAUCCAAGAGAAGUAAAAGUAGCAGCCUGUCGCUGUCAGACAGCACACAAAGAGAUAGAGAGUCAACACCUGAAAAUUGGUGGGAUACCAAGGACUCUUCAGAAGAUUUGGCCAAUUCACUCAAGGGCCACUGGAAAAGUGGACCAAGUUUCAGUGAAUCUCUUGGUUCUAGAUCUAACUCUCCUGCUUUGGGUGAAUCUCCUCGAGAUGCAUGGUCAGUGAAGAAGGAUUACACAACGCAGUUUGCUGCUCCACCAGUUGAGCAGGCAAACUUCCGUAAACCACUUCCCAUCGUGGCAAGUUCUAUCAACUCAGUUAAGCCAAAUAAGCAAACCAGCAAGACAGCACCUUUAAUAAGUGCUAGAGCCCUCUCAGGACAAAAUACCCCUUCUCCAACAUUGGGGCUGCCAUCUGAAAAACCUGAAAAAACUAUGCCAUCAAUUAAAAAGCAAGAUUCCAAAGAUUCCAACUAUGGCCUGGAUGACUUUCAGGAAGUUAAAGUUGCAAGGAAGCCAGAAUCUUCAGAGAAUGUGGAAGAUAACAAGUCUGACAUUUGGACUCAGGUGUCAAAGAAGAAGAAACCUACAGGUGGCACCAGUGAUACAGUAGCAAAAAUAUACACAACAAGCAAGAAUAAAUCUUCCAACUUUGAGAGGCUAGUCAGCAAACUUAUGGAAAACUUUUCAAUUGCUAGGGCAGAUGCAAUAAAUCUGAUCUCUGAAGUCCGUGCCCAACAUGGCAGUCUGAGUGGAGUUUCCAUGAACCAGAUACUGAAGGAUGCUGGUACAUGUAUGAAACAAAUGAAUGCUGCAAAGUCUGGAGAGGGAUUGGUGUACACUGCAGAGGACUUCAAGAAUAUGAAAUACAAGACUCUCAUGUGUCAAGCCUGGCAACAGACUGGAGUGUGUAAGAAGAGAGAUGAUUGUAUAUUUGCACAUGGAAAGACUGAGCUGAGAAAACUCCCUAAAACCCAAAUGUGCAACAAUACAACAUUCUUUAAAACUGGACGAUGUCCAUAUGGUGCUUCCUGUGUGUUUGCUCACAGCUCAGAUGAGCUACAACCUUUGAUGCAAGCUGUUCCCAUGACAACACCACAGCAGCCAGCAGUCCAACAAACCACUAACCCCAACAAUGCCAAUUAUGCAGCCAUUGUCAAGCCUAAGGUCAUCAAGACCAGCAAUGCUUUUGGUGCUCUUGAUGAUAAUGAGAGUGACAGUGAUGGUGAAGAGUGUGCCAUUUGUUACUGUAAUAUGAAAGAGGGACAUGAGAACACAUUGGACUGUGGACAUGUAUUUCAUGAUGAGUGCAUCAAGAAGUGGGUGCUUGGAGAGGAAAGGACAUGCCCACUAUGUAGAAAGCUGACAUUAUUUCCUGAUGAGUUCCCAAAGCUAGGGAAGUAAUAUGACAUAAACAAAGUAAUGUGACAUCUCAUCAUAAGUGCUCCCAUUAUGUUAAAGGCAGAAUCAGUAACAUUUCCAACUUUGUCUCAAUUUUAGAAUAUUUUGAGAUCAUAUCAUUCCUCUUUAUUUUCUAAAAAUUUUAAAAGUUCAUCCAGUACCUCAUUCCAGGGAAACAUGAUACUGUUAGUCAUACUUAAUUUGGCAUAUUGACCCAAAUUAGAAAAAAUGUCAAAGAUACGUAGGUUCUUGUUACCUCUUGCCAAGUAUUGGAUGUUAUUAUUGUGAUUAAAAUGGUCCAGUUUAUUGGAUAAAAUCAGACUGGUCUUGAACAUUAAACAUUUGAACUUUGAUGCACUAUUCUUCCAAACACAGAAAUGACACUUGACAAAAUAAUUCUUUUGGGAUUUCUGAAAAAUUGGCAAUAUGAAUUGGCAACUCUUUUUUCAAAAUCUGCGCCAAAUUAAGUAGAGUAAAAGUAUUUGCAUUUUGUACUUAGAAUCUGAAAUAGCUUAACCAUCUGAUAUGGUAUCAUGCAUAGUUUAGAAGAUAAUAUAUUUGAGAAGUAAAAUGACACAUUGGUAAAUCAAUUGUGCAUAUUGCUUGCAAUUUUAUUACUCCUAAACACUUGAAUCUGCCUUUACAUAUGACUUCUGGCAUGGCCUGCAUUGUAAGCUAGUAAGCUAGUACUCAUGCAAGACCAAUGAUAUAUACUACUGUUCUUAGUUAUAUACUCUAAAUCAAAGGUGCUAGGAUGUACUGUGCUUCUGUAAAGUGUAGGACUACAGCUCUUCAUAAACUGGAACUUGAGCCUGGAGAAUUCCAAAUUUUGGAAUAAGAUUGGAGAUUGAACCUACUUCUGAGACAACCCAGGAGAGGAACUUCUGCUUAUUAUUCUUCAUGAAGAAGCAUACAUUAUAUUCAUUACAUACAUAUCAUCAUCAGAUCAUGGUGAUAAAUUAUUUUUUAUAUCUUUUGAAAUUGCUUUUAUAUCUUUAGAUUUUGUUAACUCUUUAAGUUCAGUCUAUUGAGGUUGCCAAAUACAUCCCAUGUCAAAACUGCAUCAUGGAUAGAUGCAUGAGAUAUUUUGAAGAAAAAUAUUUGCUAAAAAAUAUUUAAAAGAGAACAAAUGUCUUGACAAAUGAAUCGACUACAUUUUCUGAUGGAUUAUACUCAAUCAAGACUUGACUAUUGCAAAUACAUUGGAGCAGUUCAAAAUUCCUUAUGCUGGAUUGCUGACUAAACUAAAGCUCUUCCUUCUUAUAUUAAAAAAAGUAUGAUCUGUUGAUUUUUUAUAUUGAGCUCUUUAGAUCUAUAGAGUGAAUGUCAUCUUUGAAAUGUUGAUUUUGUUAAAUACACCUACCAUACUUUCUGUAAUGAGCACACAGUUUGGUAUGUGCGCUUAUUGGAAUCUCAAUAACUUGGUCUUCUAAAUUUCAAUUUGAGAAGUGCAUUGUGUGUUCAAUAGAGAGAAUACGGUACUACUUGCAUGUUACAGGGUGGGCCAAAAACGGCCCAUUAAGCAAUUAGAGCAGUGCCAUAUUUGCAGAGACCAUUGAAAGGGAAUUCAAUUUCCAGUGAUUUGACAAAUUAUUUAUUAAAUAGUUUCAGUAAAACUAACGUGUUGAACUUUUAUUAUUUUUUGGAAUUCUCAAAUCUUGCAAUUUGGGAGUGUCAUUUUGACAAGUUUACCAGAUAUAAGUAAUCAAAAUGUAACAAACUCAGGAAGAUGUACUAGUAAAUGGAAAAACUAAUGUAGUAUAUGUUUUUUUAUACUUUUUCUCAAUAUAAUGGGGAAUCAGUUUCCCUCAUAAAUAUAAUUUCAUGAAAUUUCCAAAUGAUAUAUCAUAUUCAUAUAUCAUAUACUAGCCUAGUAUAGUCUUGGAAAUUGAAUUCUCAUUCCAAUGUUGCAUACUAUUAUCCUAUAAUACUGCAAAUUACAUUUUAAUGUAGGGGUAAAUACUCAAAGGAGACCAUUUUUAUUGGCCCACCCUGUAUUUAGCUAGCAACCCAGCAUAUGAUUGCUCUUGCACAAUAUAUAUUUAGGCUAAGUUACAUUAUGUAUUCAAUGCAGCAUUACAAUCAUUUUGUAAGUGAAUCAGUGUUUAAAAAGACGGAAUAUUUUUGUAAUGAAGCUGUUAGUUAAACAAAUAUAGUAAGCAUAUUAAAGCUA